AUGUUCCGCACCUUUCCCGUGCUUGAGGAGCCAACACCCGCUGAGGAUGGGACCUACCCCGACGACAGCAACCAAAGGGCAUACGGUGAUUCAGUGAAGACGAACAUACGGGAGUGGGUGCAGCUGGUGGUGGAUCCACGCGCGAGCGAGGCCAAGCGCGACGAAGCCUUUGGCCUUCUGCUCUUCACCCACUUGCUCCUGGGCUCGACGGGCGCUGAGCUCUUGUGGCCCUUCCUUCUCGGCACGCUCCUUCGCCGGGCCGAUGCGAGAGAGGCGAGCAAGGACCUAGGCCACGACGACGACAAAGACGGAGAAGACGUGCGAGGAGAGGUGAAGCUGGUGCAAUUGCUGCGCCUGGGAGGCCUCGUGCGGCAUUCCUACGCCGCCUGGCUGCCGCGCCUCUUGGCCAUCGUCGAGAGCGGAAAGACGCCGGAUGUGCUCAAGGUGGCGCUGCUCGAGCAUUUGGCCAUCAAUCGCGUCACGCCCAACAGCACGAAACUUGCCACGUCGCUCGUGGAGGCCGUCGUCAAGCCAGCAACGACGAGCGACAAGGUGCGCGCGUGCGCCAUCUUCGCCGUCGGCUCCCUGCUGCAUCGCCACACGGGGAGUGAGCAAUUGCGCACAACCUGGGCGGACUUGUUUUACAACCGAACCGAUGAGGAGCAAGCGGCAGUGCAGUUUGGGUUGCUGGCGCAUACGGCGAUGGCGUGGGUCGCUGUCCACCACCUCGGCGACCAGGCGCCUGACGCGGCCGUCAGUCAGGCCGUCUAUGCGCUGGUCCACGACUUGGAAUUCUUGUCCGCCUGGCGUGUGAUCGAAGAGCUGUUGGACCUCGACAAGGCCUCGCUGUCGGACAUCCACGAAAAGCUCCGGCGCGGGGUCAACAUCGGCUCGCGCGUGAGCCUCGAAACCGCCACGGUUCCGUGGCCCAGCCUGAAAUCGUUCGACGAGGUAUGCACCAUGCCACUCAUCGGUGGUGACUGA